AUGAAAAUAAAUAGUAAAAAAAUUAAAUCAUUGUUUUUAUUGAGUUUAGUGGGUUCAGCUUCAGGUAAAGAAGAAAAACCUAAUAAUCAAACUGAGAUUUCUUAUCCAGUAGAAAUGAACCCAAAGGAAAUGUUUAAAAGUAUUAAUUAUUCAUGGGAGUUUGCUGCUAAUGAUGAAAAGAUUGCCGAUAAAGUUCCAGGGCAAAAUUUAUUAGCGGCUGAUAGUUCGGUAUCGUUAGGUAAACUCUAUUAUGGUCCUACAAUGUAUUGGAAUAGGUCGCUUGAUGAUUAUUGGCAUUUAACUGCUGAAUAUGUGUAUAUCAGUGCCGAUUUAACUAGUGUGAAACUAUUUCCUUUUGUUCCCAAAACUACUGAUGAAGGCACGACAGAUAUGAUUCCAGUUAUUUCUUCAUCCGACCCAACUAGUCCCGGAUUUCCAGUAUGUGUUUAUGGAGCCGCUAGUGGUACCCGGUGUGGCAAUAUUGCUGAAAUAGAUCUAAAUUUAACUGUACCUAACCCGAUAUUUAAAGAAAGUAGUGAUUUAAUGCUGAAUAGUCUCAAUAAAGUAGACUUAGGAACCAAUGGUUUGCUUAGCGAAGACAUUGGAGCACCGGUCUAUGCCGAAACUCAAAUUGGCGAGCGUACCCUGGCUCAAGCACUGGGUCAUGUUAGCGUAAUUGAUAAUAAUGAUCCCCAACAUCAAUCCUUUUAUUAUACUCCUCUUGAGCAAGUGUUAGAUGGGGUAAGUAGUGAUCAUUAUUGCACUUAUUCUUUACUAACUUAUAACGAAACUGAGGCUUCAAAAUGA